GCCGCUUCGCCCGCGGCUCACCGGGCUCCGCGCUUCCCUCUCUCCAGGGCGGGCGGCUUCGCAGAGCUUGGCUUCCACCGACUUUGCUAAUCGCCCGGACCGCAUCUGGACGCUCCGGUUCCGGGGCUGCACAAAGCUCAGGUUUCCUUCGGGGACUGGAGACGAGAGGGGCUUUGGGGGCCGAGUUCAGCCAAUUGCGGGAUGGAAGUUAGCGAAUUUGGGCAACUUGCCUCUUCUACCCAGCCGACCUUUACUCUCCCCCACACGCACGCCCACACACCCACGCACACCCACGCACACACCCCUCUCCCUAUAAAUGAGGGCCGCGGGGCCGGGCCGCGCACUGAGUCCCUGCCUCGCGGAGCGCCGGACUUGGAGUCAAACAGACCUGGCUGCGAAUCCCGGCUCCGCCACUUUCUAGCGCUGUGACCUUGGUUUUCAGGUGGCGAAACUGACUGGUCUGGUUAGAGCGCGUCCAAGCCAAGCCGCAGUACUGUUUGGAUUUUUAAAUUUCUCCUUCUGAGUGAGAAAAUAGCAAUCGAGAUGGAGCCAUCCGCACAAAAGCUCCAGCUGACAGCAUCAUCUCCCACCAAUUUAUCCAACUUCUGCCAAGGCUCUGAAAUGCCAACUAUGUCAAGGCCUGCACUCGACGUCAAGGGUGGCACCUCACCUGUGAAGGAGGAUGCCAACCCUGAGAUGAGCUCGCUGGCCUACUCUAACCUGGGCACAAAAGACCGCAAAGCAGUGGCCAUCCUGCACUACCCUGGGGUAGCCUCAAACGGAAGCAAGGCCAGUGGGGCUCCCACUAGUUCCUCGGGAUCGCCAUCUCCAAUAGGCUCUCCUACUGCCACCCCUCCCACUAAACCCCCACCCUUCAACCUGCACCCCGCCCCACAUCUGCUGGCCAGUAUGCAGCUGCAGAAACUUAAUAGCCAGUAUCAUGGGAUGGCCGCCGCCGCUGCCGCCGCCGCCGCCACCACUCCGGGCCAACCUGGGGAGGCAGGGCCCCUACAAAACUGGGGCUUUGGGGCUCAGGCGGGAGGGGCGGGAUCACUCUCUCCUUCUACCGGUGCCCAGAGCCCUGCUAUCAUCGACUCGGACCCCGUGGAUGAGGAGGUGCUGAUGUCGCUGGUGGUGGAACUGGGACUGGACCGAGCCAAUGAGCUUCCAGAGCUGUGGCUGGGGCAGAAUGAGUUUGACUUCACUGCGGACUUUCCAUCUGGCUGCUGAUGAUGCUCGCUCUCCCUAAAGAUGGAGGAACAAAGCCACCGAUUCUGUUGUAAAUAAAAAAUAAAAGUUACUUACAGAGA